AUGUCCGCAACACUAGCGGAUCCGUAUCGAGGCUUCAUGGUCAACUUCACCCAUCAUGUCAGUGGUAAAGACACAAGCCAUGAUGAUAUAAUCUCUUACGGUGCACUCCAGUUGCUUCAGGAUCGACCCGAUAUCCGCUUCCAUUCCGAUACAACCCUAGCACCUUUUGGAUCUCCAUCGAGCUUUCUUACGGAUCGCAUGAUACCACGCCAGCCCACCCCGCAUCACCAUGCGCAUGGCUAUGAACUGUCCCCGCCUCAGGGCAACAGAAAGCGACAGCAUGCCGACGACGACGCAGAAAGUAACCGUGGAAUCAAUUGCGAUUAUCCACCUCGACCGCGGCUACACAGCUUGCCCAUCACAUCAGCGCCAGGUAGCGAGUCGACAGAAUUGACAUAUCCAGUCAUUUCCGACCAUCUGUCGCAUCAACCUUCAAACCAUGACUAUCUACCCCCAGUCUCUCUCCCUAUCCCACAGCAACAUCAUCAUCACCGGCUACCCACUCAAGCACUGGGUCUUGCAAACUCUCAUUCUGCGGGAGGAUCUAUGUCCGGCAACGGAGAAGAUGAAGACAUGAGCUUCUUGAAGCACGAUGGACUACCGACGGUCCUUCCCGUGCCCAAGGGACCAAAGACCAAAUUUGGCCCCGCAGAAGAUGCAACUUUGAUUCAGUUGAAGGAGCAUUGGAAUUUCACCUGGAAGCAGAUCCAACACUGGUUUCCUGGACGAACUAAUGGCACCUUGCAGGUCCGUUAUUGUACCAAGUUGAAGGCCAAAAAUGUCGUUUGGACCGAAGAGAUGGACACGCGACUGAACAAGGCAAUAGAAGAUUAUGACAAUGAUAAAUGGCGGGUCAUAUCUCAGAAGGUUGGCAAUGGAUUCACGCCCGUGGCGUGUCAAGAAAGAGCCCCCAUGGCGAGUCAACAACGAACAAAGAAUUCUGGAUGA